CCCUGAAGUAGGUAAGGAUAAGUGUCGGGAGUAGGUCUCAGUGGUGAGGAGGUGGAGCACACUUACUUGCUGUGCUGAAUUACCGCUAUGGAUGACUAUCCGAUGUUCGCCUUCUUGGCUCUCUCUGUUGUAUGGGAGCCACUGUUCCGCAUUGUUUUUCCGCUGGGAUUCUACUGGAUUGUUAGACACUGUACCACGACCAAAUCCGGUAUGACCACACAGCCAUACUUAGCAGCAGAAGAGACCCAAAUUGCUGAGAAGUUGAGGGAGCAGAGAGAAAGGAAGGAGGCAAAGAAGAAGCGAAAGGAGGAGGAUUUGAAAAAGAAGUUAGAAGAAGAGAAAAUAAAAAUGGAGGAAGAAAUGAAGAGGAAGGAGGAGAAAAUGAAAAAACAAAUGGAGGCGGAAGAAGAAGAAGAAAAAAAAAAAAAAGAAGAAGAAGAAGAAGAAGAAGAAGAAGAGAGUUUGGUGAGAAGAGAAAAGGGUGACGGUGCACAAAGUGGCCAGGCGAGCCACUUACAAAUCCACCAAGGCGGCGAGGGGGAAUGGAUGGAGAGAUUUGGGUUCCGCAGUGAAAUGCCCGAUGAGGACGAGAAGGAGAAGCAGAAAUUUGAAGCAAGGCUGGAGAAGGUCGAGCCUGAGGAGAGAGAGUUAUUAAUUGCAGAGAGGGAUAACCUCCUCCAUCAGCGGUUGUUAAGUCAAAAGAGGCGGGAGUUUGAAGAAAAGAAAAAGUUGAGGGAGGAGGGAGAAGCGCUCCAGCGAAGGUUGAAAGAGCAGAGGAGCAAGGAGACUGACACAAAGGAGGCUUUGACGCUCUUAGAAGACAUCUUCACCAACAAGCUUGGGAACACCAUCGCAGCAGUAAAGAUAGGCGGCGGUGGUGGAGGAGGAGAUGGUGGAGAUCCGGGAGAUGAUGGAAAAGGAGGAGGAGAUCGAAAAGGAGAUGAGAACCGGAAGGGGAAUGAACAGCGAACUGAAGGAGGAGAAAGGAGGGAGAAGAUGAAGGUUAAGGUCCCGUGGACCUACAACGGGAAGAAAGAAGAGAACUUUUUGUGUUGGCAGGCAGCAAUGGACACGUAUCUGUAUGCGCAGUUAAUUCCUUACCAUGACCGUGUGUUGAUGGCCAGUUCAUGUCUUGGAGGGGACGCURCCAACUUCGCCUUAUCCKUGAUKAAGGCAGCGGGUUGCUCGUCGAUGGUAGAGUAUUCCCAACGCAACCGCAUAGAGGACUUUAUGAAAGCUCUCAAGGAAAGGUUCGAGGACAAGAACCUGGCCCRACGUACAGAGUACCUGAUUCUCAACAUCGGUAAUCGCAGGUGGAAGAGUGUGUCCGCUUUGAAGUCCACAAUGGACGAACUGCUGCAGUGUCCCGAGCACGGGUUGACUCCCACGCAGAUUCUGAACAACUUCGCAAAGGCACUUCCCGAUCCUCUGAAGUCCCAAUUGUACGCCCAGACAAAGGAAGAGGGCAUGACGUAUGAAAAGUUCAGCAAGAUUGCUGUAGACCAGGCCGGUUUCCUUCAAGAAGCAGAUUACUGUCAUUAUUGGAAGGAUUUGCAGAAAGGGAACCGAUGGAAGAACAAGACCAUAUCCGGUAACAUCGAGGGGAAGGACGGGCUUCUAGUUACAUUUGAGGAGGGGGGAGUGGAGGCUCUACCCUACGAAAACAUAGAUUACGGAYUGGAAGACSYGGACAGCAACCAAUUAGCCCAGGGAGGGGACUAUGCGGUUGUUGCAGCCCGCGGGGGAGGGCGACAAGGAGGUAGAGGAGGCCGAGGUAGAGGAGGCCGAGGUAGAGGAGGCCGAGGUAGAGGAGGCCGAGGAAGAGGUGGAGGUAGAGGACGCAGCACCCAGGGGAGUAGCAGCGAAGGUAGCUACUACGUGGGAGGUAGGGGUAAUGGUUCCCCGCAAGGUGGACGUGGUUCUCCCUUCACAGGUGGAAGAGGUAGAGGGCGCAAGCCAUGGCCAGCCCAUCCUGGGAUUGCCGAUGGCGAGCCCUGGAGGGAGAUGGGCAUUGACCAAACAGUGUGGCAGAAAAGGCUGAACGCCAAUCAAUGCUUGAAAUGUGGUGAUCCUCAUCACAUUGUCUGUUUUUGCCCCGACUACCGCUACCCAAAAGGGAGCAGCCAGUAGGGGUGGCAGCUGCUCCUACAGGGCCUUCAGACUUAGACAGACAGAUAGAAGCGCGCGUUGAACAGACACCCUCCUGUCUGAAGAGCCCAAUGGCAGAAGCUGAUGCAGGCCCCCACCUAGAUGGCUGUCCAGAGACUGCUUGUGCUAGGGUCUCUCUAGGUGGUUCCCUCGCAGGCAUUGGUGAUGAGCUGAUCACUCGUCGCCCCGCCUGGGCUGAAAUGAAGAAGAGAAGAGGACAGCUAAUUUUGGGAGAUGUAGAGAUUAGUCGGACGCGAGUAGGAGCCUUAGUGGAUAGUGGCUCUACGCGUAGUUUUAUUAGUAGAAGAGGACUGAAGAAGUUGCACGUAGGAAUGAAGGUGCAGAAGUUGA